UCAUCCUUGCCGCCAUCUUCGCAAACCGGGCUCAUCGAGUCGCGCGACAAGCGGGGAAAGAGAGCUGAAACGAUGUCAUAUAACACAAAGCGUGUCGCGGUCGAAGUUGCUCUGUUCCUUGCUGGCCAAGCAGCCCUCUACUAUACCCUCAAAUGGGCGCUUGACGAGUUCUUGCCGGAACGGAAGCAGCAGGAGGUCAAGGCGAAACAGCUCGAGGCACUGAAGCGGCUGGGUCACGCCGAGCUGGAGUUGGACGAGCAUGAGCGAACCGUCGCCAAUGAGGUAAUCCACCCAGACGACAUUAGCGUCAAGUUUUCCGGUGUGUGGUAUUGUUACCUUAUUCAUCUGGUCGCUCAUCGAGCAGAUAUCGGUGGACUUGACGCGAUUGUCGCCUCUUUGCGCGAGUCAAUCAUCUACCCACUUGUCUACCCCAACCUCUUCUCAUCAUCAUCUCUCCUCGGCUCUCCGAAAGGUGUUCUCCUUUUUGGACCGCCAGGAUGUGGGAAAACCAUGCUCGCAAAAGCUCUCGCCAAAGAAAGCGGGGCCACUUUCAUCAACAUCUCAGCCAGUGUGCUCACAAACAAGUGGUUCGGAGAAUCCAACAAGCUAGUUGCCGGUCUCUUCAAGCUCGCACGCAAAACUCAGCCAUGCAUCAUCUUCAUUGACGAGAUAGACUCCUUCCUGCGGGAACGGAGUAGUGGUGACCACGAGGUUACGGGCAUGAUGAAAGCCGAAUUCAUGACGCAAUGGGACGGUCUUUUAUCAAGCACAGACCGUAUUCUCGUUCUUGGCGCUACCAACCGCCCCAACGACAUCGACGCGGCCAUAUUACGACGAAUGCCCAAACGAUAUGCAGUAUCGCUACCCAAUCAAGAACAACGUCUAAACAUCCUGAAUCUCAUUCUACAAGAAACGCCUCUCGCACCAGACUUCUCGAUGACGGCACUAGCGGAGAUGUCGCAAGGGUUGUCUGGGUCUGAUUUGAAGGAGAUGUGUCGGAAUGCAGCGAUGGUUCCCGUUCGUGAAUUCGUCCGGAAUGCAAAGGGCGAAAAGGGAAUGCUGGAGGUCAGUCAACUGGAGGGCUUCCAUCUUCGACCCCUCACCCUCGACGACUUCUAUGUACAUAACCAGAGCGACGCUACCAGCCCAUUGCCCCCUGUACUGCCGAUACCGCCACCGAAUGUGAACGGGGAUCGGGCACGGCUAGACGAGAUGGAUUAG